UGUAAGAAUCGAUCGAUUUAAUUUAAAUAAAUAAAUGACAUCACUAUUAUUAUACGUUCAGAAAUUCAGUGAGUUUGUAUUUUGGUUUGUAUUUGAAUGUGUGAUUUCGUUUGAUUUCAGAACGAAAAACAGAAAUGUCAGAUGGUGUUUUGCUUCCCAGCCCAUGUCUCUAGAAUAAUGGGAUUAUUUCGUUAUUUUUCCAAUUUUCCCCAGGAUUUUUUCCUUUUCGUGGUGUUUUCCACCUGAAGUUUUAUUUAUUACCCAAAUAAGCAAUGGAAAGUUCAACUUUCAGUGAGAAAGUCGAGGCAUACUUUUCGGAGUUAGGGCGAUGGAAAGUAUGGCGAAGUAUACUGUUGGGUCAAGUGUUGUCUAUACUGAUGAGUGCGAAAUGUAUUCUGACGACGAUACUGCAGAGCGCGACCUGGCAGUUUCCUACGACGGCCCAGCUUGUUAUUCCUUAUUUGGCGCUUUUCGUUUUAUUCGUCCCUACAUUGCUAUGUAACGGAGUAACAAAACUAUCCAAAAAAUGGUGUAUAGUGAUAAUCGCGUGCACACUGGACGUGGAAGCGAGCUGGCUGCUGCUGCUCGCGUGCUCGGGCGUGGGCGCGGCGCUGGUGGGCGGCGCGUGGCGCGGGCGGCGGCUCGGCGCGGCGCACGUGGCCGGCGCCACGCUCGGCCUCAUGGCCAUCGUGUGCGUCGUGUGGGCCGACGUGGAGGGCGCGCCUACUGAUGGUACGUACACAGCUCGCUUGCUCGGUCUCAUAGCUAUAGUGGUCCGAUGUGGGCGCGCGGCGCACGUGGCCGGCGCCACGCUCGGCCUCAUGGCCAUCGUGUGCGUCGUGUGGGCCGACGUGGAGGGCGCGCCUACUGAUGCUAUAGUGGUCCGAUGUGGGCGCGCGGCGCACGUGGCCGGCGCCACGCUCGGCCUCAUGGCCAUCGUGUGCGUCGUGUGGGCCGACGUGGAGGGCGCGCCUACUGAUGCUAUAGUGGUCCGAUGUGGGCGCGCGGCGCACGUGGCCGGCGCCACGCUCGGCCUCAUGGCCAUCGUGUGCGUCGUGUGGGCCGACGUGGAGGGCGCGCCUACUGAUGCUAUAGUGGUCCGAUGUGGGCGCGCGGCGCACGUGGCCGGCGCCACGCUCGGCCUCAUGGCCAUCGUGUGCGUCGUGUGGGCCGACGUGGAGGGCGCGCCUACUGAUGCUAUAGUGGUCCGAUGUGGGCGCGCGGCGCACGUGGCCGGCGCCACGCUCGGCCUCAUGGCCAUCGUGUGCGUCGUGUGGGCCGACGUGGAGGGCGCGCCUACUGAUGCUAUAGUGGUCCGAUGUGGGCGCGCGGCGCACGUGGCCGGCGCCACGCUCGGCCUCAUGGCCAUCGUGUGCGUCGUGUGGGCCGACGUGGAGGGCGCGCCUACUGAUGCUAUAGUGGUCCGAUGUGGGCGCGCGGCGCACGUGGCCGGCGCCACACUCGGCCUCAUGGCCAUCGUGUGCGUCGUGUGGGCCGACUGGUCCGAUGUGGGCGCGCGGCGCACGUGGCCGGCGCCACGCUCGGCCUCAUGGCCAUCGUGUGCGUCGUGUGGGCCGACGUGGAGGGCGCGCCUACUGAUGGUACGUAGCACAGCUCGCUUGCUCGGUCUCAUAGCUAUAGUGGUCCGAUGUGGGCGCGCGGCGCACGUGGCCGGCGCCACGCUCGGCCUCAUGGCCAUCGUGUGCGUCGUGUGGGCCGACGUGGAGGGCGCGCCUACUGAUGGUAAAAACCAACUAGUCGGCGACAUGCUCUGCCUCGCCGGCUCCCUUCUCUUCGCCCUGGUGACCGUUCUGCAAGAGAUGAUGCUCCAAGUCCAAUCCUGCCCCGAAUACUUGGCCCUCCUAGGCCUCAUCGGCAGCAUAGUGUCUUGCACACAAACCUUCUUCCUAGAACUAAGUGACCUGAUUACUUUCAACUGGUAUGAGUUGGAAACGCUCAUACAGCUUGGGAGUUACUGCUCAGUGCAGACGAUAUUUCAGAUAUUGCAGAGUUUCAUGUUGAGAGACGCCGGAGCGAUCAUAUUGCAUCUGUCGUUUUUGUCGUCGGAUUACUAUACUCUUAUUGCUGGGAUGUACAUCUUUCAAUUUAAGUUCCACGCGUUAUAUUUCCUGUCGUACCUGCUGGCCAUGGUGGGCGUGUUCCUGUUCAGUGCGCGCCGCACCGCCCCGGGGGCGCAGCUGCCGCAAGCCGCACCCGAGGCCGCGCAGUCGCAGGAUAACGUGUCUCUGGAGUACACGGUCCCGAGCCUGGACUGCAUCCCCAUCUCGGGCCUGGAGCCGCCCAUGUCGCGCGACACCACCUUCACGUCCUUCCUCGGCGCGCACAACGGCCACCCGCAGCCCGCAGCGGACGGGAAAGACGUUUGCUAAAACAUAACACCAGGUACAACCCUACCGGUCUUUGCAGUUCAAUGGAUAAUUAAAUCUGCCUAAUGACAAACCUUACCAGUAUUAAAACGAGCCCUAUCAGCUCUACGGAAGCCCUAACUGUCGAACGGUAAGCCGUAACAGCGAAAACCGAAAAUUGAAAUUUCGUUAUCUGCAUUUCUAUCGCUCUUGGAUAUUCGAGCGAUAGAGAGGCAAGAUAAAGAAAUUUAGUUUUUGCAGUAGGGCUUCAACUAACGGACAACCCUACCCCCUGGGGCCUAUUUCUCGAACGGUAUUAAACUAAUAUUAUUAGUCGACGAACUGUCAAAUCGUGUGGGUUAUACUAUAUAACCCAUUGUGUAACACAACACAUACACGAUGUUUCAUGAGGGCUGCGAAAGAUUUUAAUAGUGUAUUCCUGAUCAUAUUAAAAGACUUAAAAUGUCCUAAGUUUCAGAGUUAAUGCCGAUUGAGAAAAUAAAAUAUUUAUAUUGUUACUUAGUGCUAAACGACUUUUUCAUGGCGGUGUUGCUACUAAGGGACCUAGUCUAUAUAUCCGCAUUGAUAGAUUCCAAAAAAUGACAAAUAACACGAAAUAAAGUCAAAAUUCAUUUUAAGUGAUAGGUUUACUAAUAACAAGGUUCAUAAAAAAAAGAAUAAAACAAAAAAAUAUAUAAAUUGGACCAAACUACAAUCAUAUUUUUUCCUUCUUUCGGCCUCUGAAAUGCGUGGUUAAAAUCUUUCGGGUGUUCGGGAUAACCGUGUAUUUGGCUACUUCAACUAUUUGAUGCAGACUGUACAAAAGGCAGCCCAACGAAAAGGUUUUCUCCUAAAAUACUGAAACAUUUCAAGCGCUUUUCUACGUCGAUACGUGUAUACACUUUUAAAUCUCUACUCUUCAGUAAUGACACUAAACCUUGUUACGUUGGAGAAAGGCCUAAUUUCAAAUGAUACCAGCAUGCCGUUAAGAUUUCGGACCUGGUAUUCUUACAAAAUGUUGUACAGUCAGCACCAAUAGUAGCGGAUGAAAUAACGCGCCAAAAGUAUCUGAUAUUCCGUAUAACUUUUCCAAAUAUAGAUGAAUCUCUAAAAUUUCACGUUAAAAAGUAUAUCUUUUACCGUCUUAAUUGUUCUAUAUAUACAACCAUCAAAUUUUGUUAAGCUGUUACAGAAUGGUAGAUACUUUUGACACCUUGUUUGAUCCGCUAUUUUUGAUGCUGACUGUACCUACAAAAUUAAGGCAAAUCAUUUUCCCAAUUUUGCUUGCUUUGUUACAAAUCAUGACCAAUACAGUGAGUGCUCCGGUUUUGACUAAGCAUUAGAGAAUAUUGUACCUUGUAGUCAUUAUUAUAAGAUUGAAAUUAGCCAAAUAAAAAAUACUUGGCCAAAACCGAAUCACCUACUUAAAACAGAACUUGAAUUUUUAUUUCUACAUUUGUAAGUAAAAAAAAAUAUUUGUUGGAUAACUUAAUAUUGUUUGCAUUGUAAUAUGUUCCACGCUGUAUACCUUGUACCUUGUUGUUUAUAACGUUAUUGAAUGUGAUUUCAAACAAUUGAAUGAGAGACAGAAAUAUAUUUAGUUGCUAGUUUAAAAUAUUUACAUAGAAAAUAGUCAAACAAAGUUUUAAUGCAAUAAUAUGAAUAUUUAUUAAUAAAUACUAACAUGUUAGGGCGUUUGAAGCACUACAUAACCAUGUGAAUUUUUAAACAAAUUGGUAAUGUCAAUUUCUUAACCCGUAUAACGAACUGUAACUCUAUAGAUUUAAAUAUAUAUAAUAGAUUCGAUAUCUGUAAAAAAUUAAGCGCCUCGAUUUUACGGGUUUAGUGACCAAUAAGAGGGAAGGUGUGACUGGACUUCAUGUACCUAAUUUAGAACAUUCCCCAAUCAUAACCAGGGCCCGUACUGAAUGCCGUUGACGGAAAAAUGACGUAAAUGAUUUAAUAUGAUUCCAAUUAGUCUUUUCGCAAUAAUUAAUCAUUUGUCAACAUCUUUAGUUAACUGAUAUAGAUACUUGACACUCAGUACGUGCUCAGUACAGAAACGUCUAACUUUUAUCUUACUGUCACGCAACAAAAUAAUAUAUUGUUAGUUUAUCAUUUAAAUGAUACAUACCUAUGUACAAGUAUUUUUUUACGUGUCAAUAUAUUAGCUAUCAAAAUUUGUAAUAAAAACUGCCUGUAUGUGAAAUUACGUCAUUUUUACUUCAACGGCAUGAAAUGUACGGGCCCUGAAUUCAUAACUUUGUCUACACAAUAAGAGGUAUCAAAUAUCCCUGCUCAAUGAUUGUAACUCAAAAAUAAUGAAAAUAAUAUUAACAUUUUCAGUGUACAAAAUCAUUCAAUAAUUAAUAUUGAUCAUUAUGAUAGUUGCCGUGCGUUAGGGUAAUUAAUUUCACAGAACAUAUGCUUCUUUAUCGCACUAUUGCGAUAAUUAACACAUUGCGUAACUAUGUCGAAAAUUUUAAGGGCCAUAUGUACUGUAAAACGUUGUACGAUACAUGUGCGAAGAGGUAAUUCGUAACUCGUGUCGAUUUAAAAUAACUUCGGGCGUGUUUUAAUUUAUCGCCACUCGUUGCGAAUUUCGCGCUUGUAUCGUAAUGUACUAUAAUACAAUCAUAACCACUUCAUUAUUACACGAUACACUAUCAUCAUUUAUGUAAGUCUAAUAUCGUUACAGCGGAAUAAUUCUAGUUAUUCUAUAUUGAUCUUUAAAUAAUGUAAAGAAAAACCACGUGACUCGGUCGGCCAAUGACAAAAUUCGCGCCUGACUGAAGUUUCGGUUUCGGCAGAUUUUGGUAUAAAAACAUGUUUCGGUCGGAACUAGAGAGAAACCUAACCCCGAAAAAAGGUUUGCAUAAAAAUCAGUUUCGGUCGGACACUACAUACAAUAAAAUUGUUUACAUUAUUCUAAAAUCCGUAUGAAAUAGACUUUAGGUGAAAUACUAGUUUCUUCUAGUUUCUGCGAAGUUUUUUCUAAUACUAAAACCUCGGCUGGAGGUAUUCGGAGUUCCUUAAGUAGUAAUAUACUUUUGUUAUUUAGAUAUACAUAUUUAUUUUAAACCAAAAUUAAAGUGGCGAUAAAUAAACGAUAUAUUAUUGUGUUAAUUUAGCCAAAGAUUCAUUGAUUGAGUAGGAUGCGUAAAAUCUAAGACAUUUUCAAAUUUGAGAGGUAAACGAGAUGGAGAGGUACAGCUCCAUACAUUUUUCGGUAACUCUGAUUGUCAAAUGUUGACGUUUGCAGUACAGCGCCAUCCGCUUUGGAUGUCUAAGGGGGACGUUAUUUUCUUAGACUUUACCUCUCUAUUGCAUAUUGUAUUCUAUUCUUUUUUUUUCUCUUUGAUUUAGCUGAUACAAAUAAUACACAAAAUAUUUGUCUGUUCAGUCUAAUUGCGUUAUUUAUAAAGUUUGUCAAAUCUAACAAACCGUUGGUAAUCGUUUGUCCCUAUCCAUCAUUUUGACAUUUCUGUUUGUUAGAAAGAGACAAGUUUUAACAGAGGUUUGUAAGAGGUUGCUAAGUUUUAUAAUAAGGGGGUAAGCCUAGGUAAAUUAUUCCUAAAGUUAUUUGUAACUACUGCCUGUUUUCGCCUGUCUAGUUUGUAGAAAUACAUAGAUAUUCCACAAAAAUAACAAAUGCGAUACACGUAUAUUAAAAUAGUGUACAGUAGGAGCCCCAACAUAAAUACCUCUAGGUACGUCGCCAUACUAGCGGUAUAGAAAAGUAGAUAAUUAUAUUAGGGCACCGACUGUACUUACGUGUGCCUGUACUCUGUAUCUUUAAUUAUAUUUAAAUACCAAAAGAUACAGAGUACAUCAGGACUUGCAUAUUCCUAGCUAACAUUAAUUAAGGGUCCUCAGCAAGCUCGGUUCUCCAUAUAAACCUAGUUACGCUCUCAUUUUAAAACGACUAGCUAGAUUGCUCUGAAACUUUGUACUUGCAAUUAGAUAAGGUAUAUCUAGUCCUGUAAUUUGUUUAUGUAGCUUCAGAUACCAUAGUUAAAAAAAUAUUGCGAAUUUAAGUUUUUCAUACAAAACUUGUUUUUGCUCUAUUUUAUUUGUUUUAUAAACUGGAGAUUUAUAGACUAAUUACAGGACUAGAUAUACCUCAUGUCUUUGUAUGUGCUGUUUCAUUACAAUCCAACACCUAGUUUUAAUUAAAUACAAUGGAAUUUAAUUGUCAUUUUCAACUACAGAAAUUCAUCCCAAUUUAUUAUAACUUAUUACUUAUGUAGGAAAAAUUAAACCAAAUGUCUAUUCUUUGAGACAACUUAUGAAGGUUAUGAAAUAUACCUAUCUACUACUAAAGUUUUUACAGAUUUUGCUACUCGUAUCAAAUUACAAAAAAUAUAAUUCGCGAAAAGUUUUCAUAUAAUCAUGUACUUUGUUAUUUUUGUGGACUACUCUAAAACAACAUUUAUCACUGCCCUUUUAAACCUAAAGUCGUAUGUAGCAAAUUUUUUAUAAAACCUAUUCCUAGCUUACACUUAGAAGUAACUUGUCAUAUUAUACACCUCAUAAUAAUACACCAAUUAAACUAGUCAAAGCAAUAAAUGACCAUACUUAUAAUAAUUAUAAAGAAAUUAAUAACGAAAACUGCCAUGAUAAUUUCUUGAAUUUUUACUCGAUUUUUUAAUCCAAUAUUGCGAUUUAGAAUUAAAUAUUUAUAAGUAAUUGUAAAUUAGUUUAUUAUUGAGAGAAAUGUAUUGGGAUUGAUAAGAAUAAACUUAGAAUUAGCAUUUUAUAGAGUUAACAUUUUACUCGAACGAUAGGUACCUAUUGUAAUUUUCAGCUGUGAUUUUAUUUUUAAUGUUUUCAAAUGAGAUUAUCUAUGGGACUAGUUGCUUUUAUAGAAUUUUAUAUAAUUUUGUGGGAUCUAGUCGUAAAGGCCGCUAUCCACGAAACGUUUUCCGAAAAGGCAACCAAUGUGGGUUCGUAAUUUUAUUUUCUUCAAACUUGCAAUGAAUGUGUUUGACUUACCUACUUCAAAUUAGGUCCGGAAAUACUACCUAUCCGGUGCGAUGAAUGAUGAUGACCUAGGCCUGUAAAGCAACCUUCUUUUGUUUUUUUCGGUUUUUUAGUACAUUUCGUACAGUAGUACAUUGAGAGAAAUUGAGCAUAAUAAUGUAACAGAAUGGUUUGUGCGGACGUUUUGUAAAGUAGUACAAUUCGAAAUUUGUUAUCUCGUUUUCUUCCGUGCAGUUGCAAGGGAUUGACGGCUAUGUGCUUUCUCGCUCAUAUUAUCCGAGAGCCGUUCAGUCGUCUUUGCACGCGCUUGGCUUUAGUUCGGUCGGAUCGCUCGGAUCGCUUUGCUGUCAGUGUCACUUCUCGCUCCCGUUCCGAUUCUAAGAAUUAUUAGGGAAUAGUUCGGUCAUCGGAGGGAAUUGAGUCUUUUUGACUUUAGUACAUGUACUACACAAGCCUAUACUUUGCAAUUGUUAUUUUAAUGUAAAAUUUACUCUGUCGUGGAUGGCGGUUAGAUUCUAGUCUAUUUAGCGUUGGUUUAGUCUGAAAAAGUUUAGCCGUGUUACGUAUGACGCUCAAUUAUUAAUCUUAAGGUUUUAAAUGUGCAUUUAAUGAACAUUUUGAUAGUCCAUUAGAUCGAAUAUACCUGAAUAGGGACUACAGAUCGGAUCCAGUCAAAAAACAAGAAAAGUAAAGUUUUUUUUUGCGCACCGUUCGUAUACGCUAUCAUAUAGUAUCGAGAUAAGGUCAUAGAGAUACCAUCGUUACUCAGAUAAGUGUGUUGUUGAUAGUACAAAAUAUCAUGGUAUCAUCGGAACUUCAAAAUAUUCUUACUUGAUAUGUGUAGAUACUUUUGCCUGAAUCAUGGCAUAAGUAAAUAGCAUACAAAAAAACUAGAGUCAAACUAAGAUAAGUUGGCAACGAUUUUGAUAGCGCAAACGGUGCACGGGUUAUAUUAAACGUCAAAAUUUAUGAAAUGAUGACGUGUACUUGACACUUGCACUGUCUGGGCCAUCAAAAUAGCUGUCAACUUAUCUUACUUAGCUAACAAUUGUUUUUACUUAACCAGGGCCUGUACUUUUCAUGCCGUUGACGCAAAAAUUACGUAAUUUAACAUACAGGCAGUUUUUUUACAACACUACAAAUUGAGAUAACUAAUCUAUUGACGCGUAGAAAAAUUAAUACUUGUUACGUGAAAUGCGCUGUUAAAAAUAAAAAUAAAUAUUAUCUAAUACAUCAAUAUAUUAUUUAGUUAAGUGACAAUAAGAUGGAUUAUCAAGUAUAUGUACCAGUUAACUAAAGAGGUUGACAAAUGAUUAAAUAUUACUAAAAUACUAAUUGGAAUCGUACUCUAUGUAGCGUGGCGUCAUUUUUGUGUCAACGGCAUGAAAUGUACGGUCCCUGUACUUAACUAAAUGAUGUGAAUUUUGAGGCUGGCAAUGCCGUUAACUAUAUAGGUUGUACCUACAAUAAAAAAAACCUUUCCUCAUUACGUUAAAGUUUAAAAUUCCUUGUUUUUGUCUGGAUCUGUUUGUAGUCAGGAUUUGAAGUUAUUUAGCCGAGUAAGAAAUGUGUAUUCCUUCAAAAAUAUAAAUAUAGCGAAUGGUUGUGUUGUGAUACUUUAAUUGAUUUUGUUAAGCUUUUUGUUAGCCUGUGGUUGUCUAGGCAUCUCUAGAUAAUGCGUCUUGAGAACAAAUUAUCUAAUAUGUAUUUUAAAAUUAGAUAAAUAUACAACAUUUUCAUGA